AUGGCCUCUCCUCGCCCCACCUCCCUCUCCUCCCCCGCCGCCCUCAUCCACCUCCGCCUCCAGCCCCUCCCCAGCAUCCCGCCGCUCCACCCCACUACCCUCCCCUUCCUGCGCUCCCUCCCGCUCCACCUCCCCUCGCUCCGCCUCAACGGGCCCCACUUCCCUCCCCUCCCGCUCGCCUCUUCCGGCAGCGGAAGCGGCAUCACCGGAACCGGCGGCGAGGCCGACCUUCCUCCCCUCCCGCUCGCCUCUUCCGGCAGCGGAAGCGGCAUCACCGGAACCGGCGGCGAGGACGGCCUUCCUCCCUCGGGCGGGGGAGGUGGAGGGGGAGGAGGCGAUGGCGAGGGCGAGGGCGACGGCAGCGACGACGCCUCGGUCAACAGGAGGGAGGCCCUGUUUGUUCUGGCGCAGCUCGGGCGGAAGCUCGAGAGCCUGCCGGCCGACCUCGCCGCGGCCGUGGAGGGCGGCCGCAUCCCGGGCGAGAUCGUGCGGCGGUUCGUGGACCUCGAGGCCUCGCCGGUGUUCAGGUGGCUUCUGCAGUUCGGUGGGUUCAAGGAGCGCCUCCUCGCCGACGACCUCUUCCUCACCAAGGUCGCCAUAGAGUGCGGCGUUGGCAUCUUCACCAAGACUGCUGCAGAGUAUGAGAAAAGGAGGGAGAACUUUGUCAAAGAGCUUGACUUUGUGAUUGCAGAUGUGGUCAUGGCAAUAGUUGCAGAUUUUAUGCUUGUAUGGCUUCCUGCUCCAACCGUGUCUUUACAGCCACCACUAGCGGUGAAUUCUGGAGGCAUUGCUAAGUUCUUCUACAACUGCCCAGAUAAUGCCUUCCAGGUUGCUUUGUCUGGGACAUCAUACUCACUUUUGCAGAGAGUAGGAGCUAUUUUGAGGAAUGGCGCAAAGCUUUUUGCUGUUGGAACUAGUGCCUCUCUGGUCGGCACUGGUGUGACCAAUGCACUGAUAAAAGCAAGGCAGGCUGCCAGCAAGGAUUUUGACGGUGAAGUUGAGAAUCUUCCAAUUUUAUCAACUAGUGUUGCAUAUGGUGUGUACAUGGCAGUUUCCAGUAACCUCAGAUACCAGGUUUUGGCUGGAGUGAUUGAACAACGGAUGCUCGAGCCACUACUGCACCAACGCAAACUAAUAUUGAGUGCAGCAAGUUUUGCAGUUCGAACAGGGAAUACAUUUUUGGGUUCUCUGCUGUGGAUCGACUAUGCCAGGUGGGUAGGCGUACAAUAG